AUGACUAAAUCUAAAAGCUUCAUGGAAAAAUUCAUCAAAAAAUUCCAAUGUUGGACGAAUCAAGGGGAAAAUGUAGAGGAUUUGGAGAGAAUUGCAGCACAAGAACAAAAGCAAUUUCCUUUCGAGACCCUUGUUGCAGCAACCAAAAAAUUUCAUCAUACGCAAAAGCUUGGGGAAGGAGGCUUUGGCCCUGUUUACAAGGGAAAAUUAGAUGACGGUAGAGAAAUAGCUGUAAAGAAGUUAUCACACAGCUCAGGUCAGGGAAUUAAAGAGUUUCAGAAUGAGGCGAAAUUAUUGGCACGCGUGCAACACAAAAAUAUAGUGAAUUUACUCGGAUACUGCGUGCAUGGUUCAGAGAAGCUGCUUGUAUAUGAGUACGUGGUCAAUGAGAGCAUUGACAAGCUUCUAUUCAAAUCUGAUAAACGAGAAAUACUUGAUUGGAAGCGAAGCAACAUCCUACUAGAUGAUAACUGGGUGCCCAAGAUUGCUGAUUUUGGCAUGGCUCGUCUCUAUCCUGAAAAGAACACACAUGUUAACACCCGUGUAGCUGGUACCAAUGGCUACAUGGCACCAGAGUAUCUUAUGCAUGGCCGUCUUUCGGUGAAGGCAGAUGUAUUCAGCUUUGGGGUCGUGGUGUUGGAGCUGAUAAGUGGAGAGAAGAAUUCGAGAUUUAACCGAGAUCCUGAGUCUGAGAACCUGCUUGCGUGGGCGUACAAACUUUACAAGAAGGGUCAGAGCUUGGAUAUUAUGGAUCCUACACUGGUGUCAUCAGCAGUUCCUGAUCAAAUAAUAAUGUGCAUAAAACUCGGGCUGUUGUGCACCCAGUCUGACCCACAACUGCGGCCCGACAUGCGCCGUGUGGUGUUGAUACUAUCAAGAAAGCCAACCCCGAACACCCUCGAAGAACCAACAAGACCUGGAUGCCCCGGUUCCAGAUACAGGCAUCAUAGACCAACUGCGUCAUCAUCCACAGCUGGAACUUCUGGUGGAUCGAAUUCUCGUUCCUUUGGCUCUACAAUUAAUACAAAGAGUGCCACAGCCACUGCUAGCUCGUCGGGUCUCAAGAGCCCCAUAUAUGAUCCUCAUGGGAAACGCCCUGUACAAUAUUAG